AUGAACAACGAGGACUUCAAGAACCUGCUGCGAGGCUCCUCCUCGCGCUCGCAGAAUGGCUCGCCCGCUGCCAGCAGCACUCCGCGCGCCGGCGCGACCCCCGGCGCCUCGCUAGGUUCGCGCCAGCGCUCCAGCAUCCCCAUGACCCCUCGCACCGUGAGGGGUGGCCCGGGCCUCGACUUCCAACGACAGCUCGCCGAGCAGCGUGCCGGCGAGCACCGGCCGGCCAAGAGGUUCAAGUCCUCGGCGGCGCCCAAGGGCUCCAGGCUCGCCGCCGGCUACACGGACCGCGCCCGGGCACGCGUGGGCGACGGCGACGACGAGGACGAGGAUGCUGCUGCUCCCGGCGGCGACGACCGCGCCCGCCGCGUCAAGGCGCUCGAGGAGAGCUUCAAGCUCGGCCAGAUCGACCAGGCGACCUUCGAAAACUUGCGCGACCAAAUCACCGGCGGCGACGUCAGCGCCACUCACCUGAUCAAGGGUCUGGAUCGGAAACUGCUCGAGCGCGUGAGGCGGGGCGAGGAUGUGCUGGGCACGGGUGGUGGGCGCAGCGCCGCUGAGAAGGAGCCCGAGCCCGAUGUGGAGGAGGAAUUCGAGAAGCUUGAGGAGAAAGAGAUCGCGCCGGUGGUGAGAGAAAAGAAGGAGAAGAAGGGUGAGACGGCCUUGGCCGGCACGAAGCGGACCAGGGACGCCAUCUUGGCUGAACUGAAAGCACAACGGAAGGCUGCCGCCGAGGCGAAGGCUGCUGCACAACCCCAGUUGGGCUCUAAGUUUCGGAGAAUCGGGCGCGACAACGGGACGUUCCCGCGGAUAGAGCGUGAUGAUAAGGGGCGGGAAGUGCUAUUGACCCUGGACGAGGAUGGGAAUGUCAAGAGAAAGGUCAGAAAGGUCAAGGUGGAUGCGGAGAAUGAGGGAAAGGCGCCCUCAGGACUGCUCAUGCCGGACAAGGAUGCGAAGCCAUUGGGCAUGGAGGUCCCCGAGCAUGCGAAGGUACCGAUUGAGGAAGACGAGGACGACGGCGACAUCUUCGAGGGUGUGGGAGACACUUACGAUCCUUUGGCCGGAAUCGGUGACGACGACUCGUCAGAUGAGGAUGAGGAAGACGGCGCCAAGGAACCGGAGCCGUCCGAAUCGAAGGAUGCGGCCAAAUCGCCAUCUUCUACCGCUGACGAGGCCGAUGCAGCGGCUAUGCCCCCUCCACCGAAACCUUCAGAGCCUACAUCCAUUCCCAAGACGAACUACUUUGGAGACACGCCAUCCAAGGACACCUCAUCCAUCACUGGGCCACCAUCAAAUCCUCUCACCGACCCAACUAUUCUUGCCGCCAUCCGGAAAGCUCGCGAUAUCAACCCUGAGAAGCUUAGAGGCGAUGAAGACGACGAUGGCGCCAAAAAGAAAGACCCGGAAGAAGAAGCACGACUCAAGAAGCGUGCCGAAAUGUUGUCAUUGCGGGAUCGUGACCUGGAGGAUAUGGACAUGGGCUUCGGUUCCAGCCGCUUCGACGAUGCAGAAGACAUGGAAGAGGAGACCAAGAUCAAGCUCAGCGAGUGGAAGGGUACGGGUGGAGACGACGAUGAUGAUGAAGGAGGCAGAGAAAGGGGCGGGAAGCAGAGGAAGCGAGGCAAGAAGAAGAGGAAAGGCGAUAAGGACAGUGCCGCCGAUGUGCUGAGGGUUAUGGAGCAAAGAAAAAGCGGGAAAUGA